CCCCGCCCUCCUCCCCCGGUGAUUGACAGUCGGCGGUGCCGCUUCUGCUGGGUGGUGAGGGGAGAGCGGCUGCCGUUUUCAGCGGCGAAAGCAAGAUCCGAUAAAAUAAAAACCCCCGCAACACCCUCAGCGUCCCUCACACCCUCCCCUCACCGAGUUAUGAAUCCACCCCCAGCAUUUCUGCUGACCCCGGGAGAUAUCUGAAAAUCACGCCCGCCUAAGGCGCACCUCGACCCGGCCGCGGGGCUCAGGAAAGACCGAGGCUUCAGUGCUGCAGAAUAUUUGCCGGAUUUUUUUCUUUCCCGAACCGAAGGCGAUGGCUGAAAUGACAGCCUUGGAGAUGAUGAUGGAGAUGGGAUUCUCCCGGAACAGAGCAGAGAAGGCUUUGGCGCUGUCUGGACAUCAAGGGAUUGAAAAAGCCAUGGACUGGCUAAUCGAACACGAAGACGACCCCAAUCUGGACGAACCAUACGUGGCGCCUCAGGGAGACGUCCUGGGAACAACAGAGAAAUCCGAACUGGGAGCUGCCGAGAUGAGCUUCGAAGAAAAUUCCAACCAAAUCCAACAUAACGCAGCGCUAUCAGAGGAGGAGAAGAAGGAGCAGCUCAAGAGGCUGGAAGAGUUGAUGAGGCAGCGGCAGUUGGAGCGAGAGGAGAGAGAGAAGAAAGACGAGAUUGACCGGGAGAAGCAGCGGCGGAAGCAGGGCCAGGAGCUGUCGCUGAUCCGGCAGAAGCUGCAGGAGGAGGAGAUGAGGAAGAUCGCUGAGGAGAGGAGGAAGGAGAAACUGGAGGACAUCAGAGCCAAGCAGAGAGUUCGAGAGAAGAUUGAGAGAGACAAGGCAGAGAGAGCCCUGAAGUUCGGUGGGAGUGGUGGUGUCACAGCUGCAGCUGCCCCAGUGCAGCCCACACCAGUGGUCCCUCAGUCCAGUCUGGGGACACCAGCUAAAAGGGAGUACGAUGAAUGCAGACUACAGAUCCGGCUAUUAGACGGCACGCAGCUCACCCAGUCCUUUAAAAGCCGGGAGCAGCUAGCGGCUGUCAGGCUCUAUGUCCAACUGCAACAGCAGGACGAUCCCGGGAACUUUAACCUGAUGACCUCUUUCCCACGGAAAGUCUUCUCUGAGGAGGAUAUGGAGAAACCUCUUCAGGAGUUAGGUCUGGUCCCUUCUGCAGUCUUGUUUGUGUGCAAGAAGUAAAACCUGCGUGGGGCGGCAGGGAGAACCCCCCCACUCGAUCUUCUUCACUGCAACACUAAUCAGUGUUGUCAUGUUCCGAAAAUUUUACAAAGAGGGCGAGAGGGAGAGAGAGAGAGAGCAUGCGAGAGGACACGGACUUGCGUUCUCCUCCCUAAUCUCGCCAGUUGGUAAAUCGGCGCCUGUGAGUAUGCGAGCGUGUGCCAUCCCCCGUGCUUUAUCCAUGUGAAAUUGGCCUUCUUUAAAGGAACGACUUGUUUAUCUUGAGAUAAAUUAAUGAGUGAAAUAAAGAGGUGUAAAAUUU